GCCCCAUGUAAACAAACCGCUGUUUAUUUUUGUUGAUUCCAUCACCGGAUGAAGGUUACGUUACGAUGUCAAAAUGGUUGUGGUGGACCAAUUUUACCAAAUCGUCGAGGGGCAGACGUCCACGGUGUCUUCCUUUUGGAAGGUUGGCCACAUAGUCCUGUGCAUAACCUGUGCCAUGUGCGGGCUUCUGACCGCCUUCACCUUCGGCCGGGUGCUCGACAACUUCGGGUACAACUGCGUGCUCAAGUCCCACCUUGUCUUCGACACCUCCAACCAGACCACUAAGAUCGACCUGACCAUGACGACGUGGGGGCCCCCCAGCGAGUGCAACUUCGUGCAGUUCACCCCCCUCGUGCUCAUGAUCUCGGCGGUGGUUUGGGGCACCUUUUUCAGCAUCCUGGCCAGAGGGGGCGCCGGCCUGGCCACCGAUUUGUUAGCGCGCCCGUGGAGGAUCGUCUACCCGUGUUUGAUUUUCACAACCAUUGUUUUUAUAGCAUACGUUAUCAGCACGUGUCGGCUGACGGAUGGAAUGAGGGAUUUUUGCAACCAGUUUCCCGUAGUUCUCAAUAAUUCAGGCUGUGUCCCGGAAAUAAGCGCUUUUAGCCGCCAAUUUCAAGACGAAAGUACCGAAAAUGUGCUCUUUUUUAAUUCUUACACUAACAUGAGUGUGGCUAUUUUGAGUGCGGAUGUCGGGACUUGGUUGUGGGUCUGUCAGUUGAUUCUGUGCGUUUUGAGGGUCUUUUGCGUCGCUGAUUUUGAGUUACAACUGGUGACCAUUGAGACGAAGGACGAAGAGCUCAUUGAAAAGGUGGUGGAACUCAACGAAGACGAAGUUUCCGAAGUUUAAGUAUUUUUUUAUUUUUACCGACGUACAAAUAUUUUAUAUCUACCGUAGCCAUACUUUAAGUACUUAUUUUUUACUUUUUUACAUGUUUUUAUGCCAAGACCAAGUCUUCUGUUAAAGGCGACAAUACGUUUAUCCAGAAGUACAAAAUCAGUCAAAAACAUACCUCAGAAAUACUAUACGAAUUGUCAAAUUUCUAUGCAUUUAAGCUCUUGUUACAUUCUGAAACAAUUAAAGAUAAAACGCAAAAAAUAUGCAAAGCACCAAGCACGUAAUAUUAGUUUUUAUAUGUUAUUUAUUUUUAUGAAAUAUUUUUAUAACUUAACUAUGACUUAUUUUA